ACUUUGAGUGCCAAUUUUCGAUCGUUACUUUUUGAAUUGAACUCACUUGUUUACUAGCUGGUUUUUUCUUAAUUAAAUAGGAUUCUUCGUUUUUCUUAUCUUAAUAUAUUAGUUAAUGAAUUUGAAUACUUUUGAGUAUUUUAUUUGUAAACGUUAACUACCUACCAUACGUCAAGGUACAAUUUUCUCAGAAUGUACAAUAUCAAAUUGAAAUAAUUUCAUGGAGUUCUUACAUGGUGUACUUCCUAUAUUUGUUAUUCUACAUCAACUAAAGAAUCUUUUAUGUAAAAGAAUACGAUAACGAAUAAUAAGAGCUAUGAGAUUAUUCUACUGGCUUUCGCUUAAGAAAUAUUGAGCUCUAGAUCUCAUGGAAAAAUAGUAAUGAGGAGAAAGAAUCCAUGUACUUUCAUUUGAAACUCAAUUAGUGCUUCAGAUAACAAACUAAUAUGAAAGCUAAAGGGUAAUUUUUCAUUACAAGUCAUCAUUCGAAGGGAACAAGGUGGAACUAUAGUAAUUAAAUGUAGUAUCCAGGUUAGGGUUGUGACAGGUAGCCGCGCUAUUUUCUCGGUAUGUAGAUUUAUCACAGAAAACUUCCGGCUGGAAAUGGAGACGGGCGAACACGCAAGCCCACAAGUCAAUCUAAUUGUCAACUACCUUCCUCAAACACUAGCCGACAGCGAACUCGCCGAAAUAUUUUCUACAGUUGGCCCACUUCGAAACUGCAAAAUCGUACGUGACCGCAAAACAAACUUAAGCUUUGGUUUCGGUUUUGUUGAAUACGGUAAUCCUCAACAUGCUAGUCAGGCGAUUAAUCGUCUUAAUGGGUUGGCUCUGAAGAACAAACGUAUUAAAGUUGCUUAUUCUAGGCCGUCUGGCGAAAAAUCUGGGAAUUUGUAUGUUAAAGGAUUCCCAAAGCAGUGGGGUGAAGAUAACCUAAUCUCUCUCUUCCAACAAUUCGGAAGUAUAGUGCAAUGUCGCAUCCUAAGAGAGAAGUCUGGAUCGAGUAAAGCUACAGCCUUUGUUUUGUACGAUAAAUAUUCAAGCGCUCAACAAGCCAUAGAAAGUUUAAAUAAUUUGCAAUUAGAUGCAUCUUGUGAGAGUCUGUGUGUCAAACUAGCACAAGAUAUAAAUGAAAAAAGAGAAAAGAACGAGAUGCUCAAUAACUACAACAGACCAACACCUAGUCCUCUUAUGCGUCAACUUAAAGCAAAUUAUCGCUAUAAUCCAUUUCCGGCAAAAACUCAACCUGCGCCGGUCCCACAGCCACCGCCCCCUUGUUUAUUCGUUUAUAAUAUUGGACCGUAUUACAAUGAAACCGCUCUUAUACAGUUAUUUAGUAACUACGGAAACGUAUUAAAUUCGAAUGUAAUUAGGGAAGCAGGAACUGGAAAAUCCAAAGGUUACGGAUUUGUAACAAUGUCGGAUUAUCAACAGGCCGUGCAAGCAAUUCAAGCUCUGAACGGAUAUACCAUUUAUGAUAAACCCCUACAGGUUUCAUUUAAAACUGAUAAAUACUAA